CAGCAGCAACAUCGCGAUUGCAUCAUUCAAGAAAUUUCUGCACGUCGUACGUGAGCGCAGCUGUUUUUUUAAUUAAUUGGUAUCCCUUAAAAUCUAGGUCAUCAGUUGGCGAUCUUUGAUGUGUCAGAGGAGCACUUUAUGACUUUCGGUAGACUGAGAAGUGUUUGAAUACGAUGAACCUCACGAUUUCUUUCGGUCCUUCAUGGGCUUCCCACCGCGCAGGGAACCAAGUUUCGGCGACCCUCAGGCACCCUGACACUGGUGGUUUCGGAGGGGACGACAACCCGUAUGAAGGAUCGAUGUUUGGCGACCCGUGGGAUAUGUUCAGACACCUUGACAGCGUCUUCCGCAACUUCGGGCUGACCGAUUUCCCGCCUUUCCCGCACGGGAGCGACGUACCCGCCAUAGAAGGACCAGGCCCAAGUGAGCCGGGACAUCUGCGUGAUCACAUGCUGAAAGUUCCAGACUACCAUGAGCCGUUCCUGAAUGCUCCGGAUAUGUUUCCACACAUGCCCCCAGGGCCUGCCCAGCCAGAGGAACAUCCGUGCAGGGACAUGGAUCUGGACGAGCAUGUUGCUAGGGGCGGCCUGGACAGCCUGAUGGCCCCGGUUCCGUUUGAGGCACCUCAGCAGCCUCAGCAGGCCCCUGCUUGGGGAGGCAGUAGUUCACUGCGCACCUUCUCUUCGCAUAAUGGGAAAGUUCAAGAACGCACAGUUGUCAGGGAUGCCCAAGGCAAUGAGGAAGUUACAGAGCGCCGUAGCCUGGGUGACAGGUCCAUGACCGUUCGUACCAUCAGGAGACCUGAUGGAGUGACGGAAACUCAGGAACAGUACAUAAACAUGGAUGAAGGUGAUAAAGCAGCAUUUGAGCAGAUGUGGCACAGUGCAGCUGCUAGUCCCUCGGACUGCGAUUCCCUCCGACCACAGUACGACCGAUUCGGCCAUCUUCCGCCGGCUCUUUGGGUUCUUUCCAUCGAACAGGUCACAAUGAACAGUAGUUGUGCAUGUCUUCACGGGAGCGCUAUGAGCACUAUAGACGAAGCAUUUGCAAUAGUGCAAGUUGAAUGUUAGGUAUUAACAGUUUCUGCAGGAGGUACAAGCUUGUUGUGCUCUUAUUAAUUAUAGAAAGCAUAAUUAUGACAAGGAUGAUGCAAAAGCACCAUGAGGAUGUGCUAUCACAGAAUUAGUAAAACAAGGCUUGAAAGGUUUUUGUGAACCCAGUUUAUAGUUACAUAUACAUUAACUCAGUUUUGCCAGACAGCAAUGUAAAUUACUAUUCAUCAAGAUUCUGCAUGCUUACUCUGUGGAGCUUGGCAAAAUUUACUAUGAACCAAGUUCACUAAUCAUGAAGCCAUAGUGAAUAUAUCAGAAAGUUGGAAAACUGUUGUAUGUAUUAUAUUGUCAGUUGUUACCAUGCCUAUUGCAAGCUUUUGUAAUGAGAGUUUUGUCUGUCACUUGUUACCAUGCUUCAAGCAUUACUGUGUUGCAAGGCUUUGCAAUGAAUAGAAUUUUGUGUUUGUGUAUACUAGUCACAAUGGCUAUUUUUUUUCUGUCAGAAGCUGAUGCAUGUUGUUUUUUUCUCUUUACCUGUAGCUUGAGAGUUACUUUAUAUCCAGCUUAACUAACGUAAAGAACUGUGAUACCUAUACUGUGUAUUAUGACAAAUGCUUGUGUUUUUCAAAAUACUUCAAGGGCAGGUUAGAUAUAACAUUAUAGUCUUGUGCCUUUUCUUUUUAUUAAAACAUUACAUAUCUUAGUCGAAUGUAGUAGUGGACUAAAUUUUUAAUUAUUGGUUGCACAUCUUCAUUGUUGCUUGCUUCUUAUAGUAUUUAUUUGCUUGAUGCCUCUUUAAUUUGUCUUAUAGGGUCUAUGGGUGAUGGCACUGCUUUCUUAUGUAUGUGUGUAGUUUUCUAUUUUAAUACGUACCCUCAUUUUAUGUGCUAAUAAAAAGUGCAUUUAUUCUGUUC